AUAUAUAUAUAUAUAUAUAUAUAUAUAUAUAUAUAUAUAUAUAUAUAUAUAUAUAUAUAUAUAUAUAUAUAUAUAUAUGUAUGUAUAUGUUUCAUUGUAAUUGGCUGUAUUAUAAUGCAGAGGGCAUUUUUAAGGUAUGAGAGCCUUAUGUUUUCUAUAAUUAUCAUUUUAACUGCUUCUAAUCUCUCCAUUUACUGGGAGUUUGUUGCAGGUUGCUAUUUCGUUUUUGUCUUUCCGAUGAAUACAACUAAUUUUAUGCUGAAUUUCAGACGCAAAACAAUUGUUGAUUUUGCGUUUUAA